AUGACCAAGUCCCAAGAAGACGAUCAGUAUACUCCCUCCUCGGAGCAGGUAGAGAAGGCGGAACACGGCGGUAUUCUAGCCGUCGACGUCAACUACAACGCCCAUGCCGUCAAGGGGGACGAUUCCGAUGGAGUCGUUGAUUGGACCUGGCGCCAUGCCAUUGCCUCCAUCUCUCUCGCCGGGCUAUACGUAGGCGCCCAGAUUCCGCUUUACUUUGUAGGUGGCUCCCUCACCUACAUAGUCAAAGACAUCGGAUCCUCCGAAAAGUCCUCAUGGCUACCCAUCGCCAACACGCUGACCAUCGCCGUCGUGGCGCCCUUUGUCGGAUAUCUCCAAGAUCUCUUUGGUCGACGCUACAUUUCGCUCGCUGGCGGCGUGACUAUUCUUACCGGUGUCAUUCUCGUUGGCACAACGCAUACCUUUGGUCAGGCGGUUGUUGGUAUGGCCUUUGCCGGUGCUGGAGCUGCUGUCGGUGAACUCACGGCUCUUGCUGGCAUUGCGGAACUCGUCCCUGUGAAGAAACGCGGGUUUUACCUCGCACUGGUGACUUUCUUCGUGAUUCCAUUUGUUCCGUACGUCAUGUACGGUCAGAUUUUGAGCAAGUAUCAUACAUGGAGAUGGGGCAUGUGGAUCUCACUGAUAUACAACGGCAUCUGCCUUGCCGUGGUGGCUCUCACAUAUUUUCCCCAAUCUCACAAGAGAGCCGGAGAACUAUCCAAGAUGGAGAUUCUCAAGUCUAUCGAUUACGUCGGGGCCUUUUUGUCUAUUGUCGGCCUGACUCUCUUCCUUGUUGCCCUUCAGGCUGGCGGGUACUCUCAUCCUUGGUCCUCAGCCUACGUCCUAUGCCUUCUUCUGAUCGGCAUCUUUAUGAUCAUCGCAUUCUGCAUCUGGGAGGCCAAGUUCGCAAAGUGUCCAAUGGUCCCAGGUGACUUAUUCAAAGGACAACGCGUCGUCGCAGUAGCCUUCCUGGUGGCCUUUGUAGGCGGCUUGAACUUUUACUCGUCCAUCAACUUCUACCCGCUCGAGGCGUUGACUGUGUUUGAUCCGGCUCCUGUUCAGGUUGGCCUCAAGGGCUUGGCAUCUGGUCUCGGUAUCACCAUUGGCGCCACGGUCAUCAAUGGGGCGCUGUCGUGGUUUAAAGGAAAUGCUAGAGAGCUGCUCCUUUUCUCAUGUGUUAUGAUGACUGCCUUUGGAGGAGCCUUGGCUGCGGUGACACCUGACACUCCUGCUUUGAUCUAUAUCUUUGGCGUCUUUUCUGGCAUUGGAGUCGGCGGUGUCCUCGUUCCAGCGGCAACCGUUGCAAUUACCGUUGCACCAGACGAACUCAUCGCCACAUGUGUCGCCCUCUCACUAUCCAUUCGUGUCGUAGGUGGCUCCAUCGGUUACAGCAUCUACUAUAACAUCUUUUACCAUAAGCUCAAAUCCAAGCUUCCCUACGUCGUUGCCGACUAUGCUAUCAAAGCAGGGCUUCCUCUCACCUCUGCCACACAGUUUGUCACUGCCUACAUUCUUGAGCCUUCUGCUCUAGCUUCUGUCCCUGGCGUCACUCCUGAGAUACUGGAGGCUGCAGCUAUUGGCAGCCGCUGGGGAUACGCAUACGCCCUGAAAUAUGUGUGGUUGACUAGCAUUGCUUUUGGAGUCUGUGCCAUUGUCGCAUGCGCCUUUAUCGGGAACACCAAGAAGUACAUGACUAACCGUAUUGCCGCUCGUAUUGCUCACUGA